CUGAACACGACCUGCCGCUUGCUGCCACAUCUGGAGACGCUUCCCAACACCAGAAACUUCAACUUUUGCGUUCACUCUGCGGAGAAAACACUCAGGCGUAUACGAACUGUCUGUCCGUCAGGGUGUAUUCGGGCUUUCUCUCGAUAGUAAGUAGAGAUUCUUGAAGUCAAGUUGGCGUUCCUCUCUUUCUCUUUUUUUUACAUCACCAUAGGUAAACACAGCCCGUUUGGGAGUUUCAUACAUUCAGUUGCCGUAGAACUGCCACGCUACAAUUUUGUUAUACUUGAGUCUGGAAAUAACAUACAUGACACAUGUUCCAUGUUUUAAUUAUGCGUAAAAAGCAAGCGUAACCAAGCAAAGUGAAGCGCAGCAGUGCAUUGACUUGAGUUGAUUCACGCAAAUCAAGUAAACAGAUGUAGCCUAUGAAAAGUUAGUCAUUCCACGCUCUGCUCUGUCACGAGAUUGUUUGUGUUGUUAAAUGUUAGAAUUAAACCCUGUCUGAGACCCUGCUGCCUCCCUGCCGAACGCACAGAUAGUAGAUGGCUGCGUUGAUGGUGACAUGAGUCAGAGGGAACCAAAUUGUGAAAUUCAACAGCGACAUGGUGAUGGAGUGAUGCAUUUCGGGCUUAUUUUUGUCCAACACUGAUCUAACAUUUGGAAGAGAAGACUGGAAUAAGCCAUAAGGCGCGCAGCUCCAUACUGAAGUGUUUAAGUUAGUCUGAGGGGAAAUUUAAAAGACCUAAAAAUACAGCGUUGGUUUCUUCCCUACAAAGAAUCAUUUGAACUUCCCACCGCAGAGCGAGAGCGACAUAAAUAGUUCUGACAUGUGGAUGUAAUUUCAGAAGAGGAAAAAGACAGAUGCAGAGAAAUAAAGAGAGCGGGCUGAGCCUGGGCAUAUAGUAGAUUAUAGGAAAUUAAAUCGAGGGCAGAGCGAGGCGAUUACUGUGUUAUGAUCUCACAAGCCGCCAUAAGCAUCAAGAGGCCAGAUGGAGUAAAAAAAAACAACUCGCUCCACUUUGAAGAGAGUUAAGUAGCUUAAAUAAUUUCAUCCGAGCAUCAUCAGCGUCUGUGUGAGCCCGCAAGGACUCUUGGAGGUAGAGUUGCCUCAGGUCAGGGAUGGGAUCCGCACUGCCGCUCCACAAUCUGCUGGACUUUCUUCUCAUCUCACUACUCAGCAGUUUAUGCCUGGUUCAUGCAGAUGAUGUGCUCACAAAAGAGGAACAGAUAGGCCUGUUGUUCAGAGCCAAACGAAAGUGUGAGGGGAACAUCAAGUCAAAGCACAGGAUUCCUGAUGGUUUCUGCUCACCAGAAUGGGACGGCAUUGUUUGUUGGCCAGAAGGGCCUCCGGGAAAGCUUGUAUCCACCACCUGUCCAGAGUAUAUCUAUGACUUCAACCAUAAAGGACUAGCAUACCGUCGGUGUGACAACAACGGAACGUGGGAGCAGGCCACAACCAACAAGACAUGGGCCAAUUAUAACGAAUGUGCAAAAUUCCUCUACCAUUACAACCAUAGCCAUGAAAAGCAGGAGGUCUUUCACCGUCUGUAUCUCAUCUACACAGUAGGGUACUCCAUCUCUCUUGGAUCACUCAUGGUGGCUGUCGUCAUCUUGGGAUAUUUCCGACGAUUACACUGCACCAGGAACUACAUCCACAUGCACCUAUUUGUGUCCUACAUGCUUAGAGCAAUAAGUAUUUUUGUGAAAGAUGUUGUGCUCUACUCUGGAUCGGCCUUAGAGAACAUGGAAAGAGUCACAGUGGAAGACCUCAAGUCCAUCACCGAAGCUCCACCAGCCAACAAAACACAGUUUAUUGGCUGCAAGGUGGUUGUGACCUUAUUCUUGUACUUCUUGGCGACCAAUUACUACUGGAUCCUUGUGGAGGGUCUGUACCUCCACAGCCUCAUCUUUAUGACCUUCUUUUCGGACAGGAAGUAUCUGUGGGGAUUUACUCUGAUUGGAUGGGGUAUGCCAGCCAUGUUUGUGACAGUUUGGGCAAGUCUGAGAGCCACGUAUGCCGACACAGAGUGUUGGGACUUAAGUGCAGGCAAUUUGAAAUGGAUAUAUCAAGUGCCUAUCCUUGCAGCUGUAGUGGUUAAUUUUAUGUUAUUUCUGAACAUCAUCAGAGUCUUGGCAACUAAGCUACGAGAAACAAAUGCUGGAAGGUGUGACACAAGACAACAAUACAGAAAACUGUUGAAAUCCACGUUGGUGCUGAUGCCACUCUUUGGUGUCCACUACAUCAUAUUUAAUGCCAUGCCAUAUACAGAGGUGUCUGGAGUUCCCUGGCUGAUCCAGAUGCACUAUGAAAUGCUGUUCAACUCCUUCCAGGGAUUCUUAGUGGCAAUUAUAUACUGCUUUUGCAAUGGAGAGGUGCAAGCUGAGAUCAAAAAGUCCUGGAGCAGGAGGACUCUGGCCCUGGACUUCAAAAGAAAAGCUCGGAGUGGCAGUAACACUUACAGCUAUGGACCUAUGGUGUCGCACACCAGUGUUACCAACGUCACUGCCAGAGGGCCACUGGCCCUCCACCUCACCACAAGGCUGGGGCCAGUACCUGUGAACGGGCACCGGAACCUCCCCGGGUAUGUGAAGAACGGCUCUGUCUCUGAGAACUCUAUACCUUCAUCGGGACAGGAGCUUCACAUUCCCGACGAGGAGCAUUCUGCCCACACACGGCCCUGUGAGGACGAGAAACCCUCACCUGUGGUGGAGGAGGAGAGGGAGACAGUCAUGUGACCUCCAGGACUGCUGUGUAUAGGGAUGAAGAACGGUGGGAGGGGGGGGGAAACAAAUCAUGAAACAGUCUCAGGGUGGUCUGAAGGGGAUAGCUGCAUGCGUCAACACUGCCAGUUUUUUCUCCUGUGAAUUGAGCCAGAACAUUGCCGACUGAUGAGGCUCAAGGCAAAAAGGGUGUAUCACUUACGUGAGCUGGGACGCCUUUAUCUGAGGUAUGAUGACUCUGAUUGUUGUGGCAAAUACUCUCAACUCUUUCACCAACCACCUGCCACAGUGAAUGUGUAAAAGGAUGAAAACAGACUGUCGUUUCUUAUUUCUUUUCCACUGCCAUAACUGUUGUUAUCUUGUUUUCUGAUUGCUUUUUUUUUAGCAAAUGUCUUUCAGCUUUCUUGCAUAAAUCAAACUGGGGUUAGUUACAGUAGUUGCCAGGAACAGCCUUAAUCACCGAUGUAAAGCCAGGUGGAUUUUGAGUUUUCAGAUUGAGUCAGUGUGAGUAGACAAAGCGUAGGCCUCAGCUUAAAAAAAGUAUUAAUGCUACUAUUUUGAGGCAUCUGUUCAUGCUUUCCAGCAUGAUAUCUCAUUUGUUACAUCCACUUCAGUGUAAAAGGGAAGGUACUCAGGUAAUUGAAGUCCUCUGUUAUUGCACACCAUUUUUAUACUUUUAAAGUGGGGUUUUAGCAUGGUCAGCAUUUCUUUGAGGGUAUGGUAUGUUAUAUAAGGCUGUGUUAAAUCAUUUCUUUUCAAAAUGUUGUAUAGUUUCUGCUGUUUACAAAACCCCAGUAUUCAUCUCUCUAAUUAGAACAGACAUCGAAGAGUUCAAAUGAAUGUUUCAUAUUCAAAUUUUCUCCAAAAAUACCCUGACACACACACACACACACACACACACACACACACAAAACAUGAUGCCAAAGUAAGAAUAUUUCUUUGAAGACUGUCUCUCCCUUUGGGUUCAGCAUCAGCUGAGGUAAAGAAGAACUUUAUGGAAAUCUGACAAAAACAGUAUCAUAUGUUCUCACACAUUUUUCAGAGCAAGAGACUAACGGCCAUAUAUUCCAGUGGAAUGCUAAUUAAAUGAGGAAUCCAAGAAAAUAUCAAAUUCCGCUGGAAUUCCAAGAGCGACAUUUGUGGUGGAUAUGAAGGAAACCCCAGAAAUGAAUGACACAGUAAUUUUUACAGACGGUCCAGUGUUAUGCUGCUUUUUGAUGUAUAUAUACAAGUCACAAUGUUUACAAAAAUCAGAAAUACAUUCUAAUUGUGAGCUAAUAGUGGUCAUGUGUAUGAAUAUGUUAUAAAGCUAUGUUUUAAUGUAUAUAUUUUUCAUGUGUUUGUUUACAGAAUGUUUGCAAUAUUUGAUUAUGUAUAUAGUCCAAAACAAAACUGGUGAAUAUAUUUACAGGUGACAGAGGGCAUUCAAAAUAGCAUUUAACGAAGCAUUCCACAAUAUAUUUUAAACUCUGUAACUUGUAAUUUACCACACUUAACCUGCAUGGUUUGCAGGUUAGGUCACAUCAUAUUAUACCAAAGAGAAAAGACAUGAUAUGCUGCCAGAGAAAAAAAAUAUUUUGCAGCAUUUCUUUGUAUUUUCAUCCACCAUCUUGUUUACAGUGACCAAAAAGUCUUAAAGUUGCAAUAAAAUCACCCUCCAAAAGCAGCAUUUGCUACUGGUAGUUAGUGUAGAAAAACAUCAAGAUAAAAGUGUUGAAAUAGAGCGCCCACACAGAUUGAUGUUUCUUUAUAAAUACUCAGUUCAUGUAAACAGCAGUGAAGCAAAUGAGAAAACCAUUCACAACACUCAGUAGCUAAGUAACAAUGAACUGAGAACAUUAAUAUUAAACACAGUUUUGUUGCUCUUAAUCCUCCACUUGGAUUUUUGACUUCACUUGGUCCCCAGAGCUAAAUUAGUCCCUAUUUGGUUUGGACUAAUACUGUAUGUGUGCUGGAGUUGUGAUUAAUAUCAGAUUUAGCGAAAUGGAAUUUUACCUCACAUUAAUUUCAGCUAAUAUGUGAUCAAAGCUAAUAUUUGCUCUUGUAAGCAUGUGUUAUCCUUUUUUUUUUUUUUUAAGUCAUAUAGCAGUGACCAGCAUUCGACAGCAAGCCCUCUUGUCCCUCUUGUUGUUGUGUUCUUUUGGUGACUUCACACUGACGUAAUUAUUAUCCUAAUUCCCUGAUUCUCCGUUUUGCUCCACCUGAUGCUAGAUCCAUUGAGGUGUGUGCUUUGACUCAGUUUUGAAAGGUUAAAGCCUGGUCUGUUCCAGUUUGUACUGCCUCGUUCAUCCAGUAGUUUUAUACUACAUCUGAAAGAGUACAUAACACUAAAGUUAAUUCAUGCUUUUGCCUCAAAUUACUUUAGAAUGAAAUAAAACUUUAACUACAUAAAACUUUACAAACCACCUGAUACAAAAGUCUGGUACAGUGAUAAUAUUCUAUAUUUUUUCAAAAUUGACCAAAACCAAUAAACAGUGAAUUGACUUACAGUAUACUGCCUGAUACAGCUUAAAUUAAAAACCCAAUAAGAAGAUGCACCCUUACACAGGGUGACAUUAUUCUUCAUUGCGAGGUUUCCACCAUUGUGAACGUGGGUUCACUGUUUAUUUUGAGUCGAUGCUGCAAAUACUGUCCUCGGUGCAUAAAUAAUCACUAGCACAACAAAUCCGCAACUGAAAAUAGUUCCCAACAAAUGCGCUGUUUACUCAUGUUUGAGUAACAUUUGCUAAAAGCUGUACCCUACUGUUUUUGGAAAUGAUGUAGCCUUAAAAAAAAAAGAAAACUCAAACUAAAUAUCUGUGACUUGUUUUUAAAUAUUUGGAAAUGGGUAACUAUGGGUUUUUGGACAAGAGACAAAGACAUAAUAGGAAACUACUGAGAGAUGGACUAACAUGUUUAUUGUCUUUUCGUGUAAUUUCUUGGCAAUAAGACAAAUAUAGAAUAAUCUUGAUCUUGAUAAUCUUAAUCCAAUCUUGCAAUAAUUUUAGAAAUAUCCACAGCAAUCAUUUGAGCCAAAAUUCCAAAUCAGACGCCUGUGUAUUUUGAGCAUUUAAUGGUGGAAUUCUGCGAAGUGCUUUUUAGCCAUGAAGAAGGUGUAUUUUUCCAUGGGGAUCAGUCAUUAUUGGGACUCAAGGUUGAGUGGUUUGACUGCUACAUUAAUUACAGGUGGCUGCCAGCAGGCCACAGGGAUCGAAAAAGAAAAAAGACUGAGUUUGAGAGAAGCCCUUGUCGCUUGAUAAUACUGUCUUGUUGUCACUAAAUAACUUUUCAUAUUUUACUGGCUUCUUUUAGCUGGUAUUUGUUGUAUUUUUCACCAUUCUCUGGAAACUGUAUUCUGAGUUCUUAGCUCAUAAAGAGUACAGGUGUACAAUAUUUUUUUUAAAAAUGCAGUUAACUGAGGUGGUUGCUCUUCAUAUUCAAUCUGGCUUUCCACUAAUUGCCACUGGGCGGGUAAACAUUAUGUUACUGUUGUGUAAUCCAGACAGUUUUUCAUUAAAAAGACGAGCUGGUAUCAGAGCAUGAAAAUCUUUUACAAAAAAAAACAAAAAGAAAAAAAAAAAACACUUGGGAAAUUAUAUUUGAGCACUUUAAUAUGCUAUAAUACAGUAUUUUGUUCUGAUUGUAUCAUGUAAAAUGAUUGUGUUUUGGAAUCAAGUGUACAGUAAGGCCAAUAUUAAUAGAGCUAAUGUUGUAUUUCAUUGUUUUCAAAUACCUCUCAUGGAAGUAUAAAAUGUGUUUCAUUGUCUUUUAUUUAUCUCGUGCCGAAGUGUACUCAGUGGAUUCAACAUUGGUCUCCAUGCUUUAGAUACAGUAUGUGGGCAGUGUUUGCCAACACGUCUCAGCUUCUCAUUACUGAUAGGCAUGUUGUAGAUAUCAGUGUAAACUUGGAAUUAAAUAGGAUGAUGUUUUCUGGUCUCUAAUGUUCAUCAGUGAAUUGUGAAUAAGACAAUAAAUGUAUAAUUUUUCUGUACUCUGA